AGAAAGCAAAAGGUAAACAAUGUCGCUGGUUGCUGAUUAUAGUGAUUCCUCAGAGUCUGAUGUGGAAAGCAGCAGCAAUGAGUCUGAGAAAGAAGAUGUAAACAAGUCAGAAGGGCCGCCCGCAGUACAGAAAAUUCCCAAAUUGCCCAGUGCAAGCGCUGCACUGGACAAUGCGGCGACAAAACGGACUGGGGAUGUAUUUAGUAAUCCGUUUCUGGAGGCGGAGCUGCACAAGACAGCUUCCCUGGAACGACACGUCAAAAUGGUAAACAACGAUACACAUAUGCAGCUAAAGAACGGGCGUAAAAUAUGUUGGAAUUAUAGGAAGGGACGCUGCCGCUUUGGCACCAGCUGCCAAUAUGCACACGACUCGGAUUUGUCGCUGGAAGCAUCAGCCGACAAGGAUGCCAAACUGGAGACUGCAGCGCAAACAUCCACACCACAUUCUAGUGCCAACAAGGGCAGGGACAGGGACAGGGACAACAAACGCAAACGUCCUGGUCUAAGCGAUGCCAUCGAACCCGGCAAGCGCGUAAUGAAAUCUUACCAGCAACAGCACCAUCUCAGCACGGGAACACGUCGUCCACCCAACUAG